CUCUCAAUUUGAAGAGGUCACGGAUACGACUCCAUGAGAGACCUUCCCAAGACUUUCAACCAUCUCCCGUUCGUACCGGUCAAAGCUCAUCACACGUCAUUUAGGACAACAUGUCUUCGUCACUCCAUUCGCCUCUCUUUGACGUCUUCUCCGCCAGCAUCGAUGGCCGCCUGGAGAACGUCCGCACCAGGCACGAAGCUCUACGAAAGCUCUCUGUAGGAAUCGAGACUGGACAAGCAGCUUUGCGUCAGGCUUUUGCGCCCCUCAAGAAGGUCAGCGACAGAGACUUCGAGGAUGCGCUAUAUGCCACUCUGAGGAACCUGGCUCUACACGCCGAUACACUUGACCAACCCCUGUCAGUCGCCGAGAAGAAAGCGCUGUGGAAACCUACUGGGGCGGUCACCCACAAGCUCAACAGGCCUGUCGGUGUGGUUGCCAUUGUACUGCCAGAAGAAUGCAGUAGCCUCGCGCUUCCACUAGACGCUGUCUUCGGUCCCGUAGCCGCCGCUUUGGCCGCGGGCAACUGCAUCGUCGUUGUUCAUCAUGACAAGCCCGAAACGGACGCCCUGAUCAAGAGGCUAAGAGAGCUCUUUGCUGUGUCUAUGGAUCGAGAGACUUUCUCUUUCAUCUCAGCCUCGCGUCUUCAUGCCAACGACUGGCCUCGAUUUGACCGCGUGGUGCGAUAUUCGAGCGCUCGCAGCCGCAAGGAGAAGGAGGCCCCUUCGAAUGUGCUCGAGGUCGCCUCCGAGCCGGUCCACAUCGUGGUCGUAGACCAUAGCCUGGUGAAUCCUCAAUCUUACAGACACCCGGAGCAGAACCAUCGUGCAGUGAGCCGCGACACUGCGCAGCUUGAAGCCAUCGCCGAUGCCAUCGAUCACUUCCCCGGCUCAGUCUCCCAGAUUUUUGUCACCGAGACGAUACUGCCGCUUUUCCAGAAAGUCUGGGCCGGCAAGAGAGGGCAAGCGAGUGCCCAAAUUACCGCCGUUCUCAGUACUCAAGAUACUAUCUACAGCGUCCAGGAACAAGCCGAAGGCGGAAAGCAAGAAGCUCUGAACGUCUACAUCUUUGCCCAGCCAUCCACUGCUUCGUACUAUGCGCAGAACAUUCAAGCACAGUCCAUCAGUAUCAACGGUAUGCCCAGGGAUCUGGCCUACUCCCACGUGCCCACUACAUCUUCUGCUGUGCUUUCCAAGAAGGGAAAGGCAGAAGCUUCCGAUGACUUUGCUCUCGAGCCUCUUUGGUCUACAAAUCUCUUCUCAAAAGCGACCUCGACUGUCUUGCUGCACAAGACACCGGAGAAGAAGAAGGCGACACCACCUCGCUCCAAGUCCUCUCUGGUCAUUGCGCCUAUGAAGAGGGGGAAGGCUUCGAAGAUCGACUUCUUCCCAUCGGGCUUCUUCAUCACAUUUAUUCCCACCGCUUUGACUGUUAUUGGGGGUCUGACGUACGGGGGAUACAAGCUGGGACAGAUUGGUAUCCGUUAUGCUCGCUCUUGAGAGCCUCUUCUUGCUUGUCUUCUCCGUUGUGUGUCAAUGCGAACUUCUUCUACCUAAAUCUUGC